GAUGUCGAUAAUGCGUCUCUCAAUGAGAGCAUCCAGAGGAGUGGGAGUAGUAUGAAAGAGGAGCCCAUGGUGGCCGGGAUGAACGCAGUUCGGACAUGGAUGCAGGGCGCCGGGGUGCUGGACGCCAACACAGCCGCCCAGAGCGGAGUGGGUCUUGCUCGGGCACACUUCGAGAAACAACCCCCCUCCAACCUACGGAAGUCCAACUUCUUCCACUUCGUUUUGGCUUUAUACGACCGACAGGGGCAACCGGUGGAAAUAGAAAGAACCACCUUCGUGGACUUUGUAGAAAAAGAUAAGGAAACGACGGGGGAAAAGACAAACAACGGGAUUCAUUACAGACUGCAGCUCCUCUACAGUAACGGCAUCAGGACGGAGCAGGACUUUUAUGUGCGCCUCAUUGACUCCAUGACUAAACAGGCCAUCAUCUACGAAGGCCAGGACAAGAACCCCGAGAUGUGCCGGGUCCUCCUCACCCACGAGAUCAUGUGCAGGUAUGUCUCUCACCCCCCCCAAGCCCCCGCCCCCACCACCGCCUCCCCGUCACCAAGUCAUCCUCUUUACCUGGAUGACCCUGAUCGUUCCCAUCAGGGAGCGUAA